AUGCCUAGCGCUGACAAUGAGAAUGGAAAAGACAAGUUCAAGCAACAUAUAAAGGGCCUUGUAAAGGCGCUGAAGGCCAAAAAGCAGAGGAAAAAGGUUAUUCCACAUGAGAAGAUUCUGAGCCUUUAUAUGAAAAAGGCGAGAUGGAUUAAGAUUGGCGUGCAUCUUUUUUUCGAGUUCCAUGAGCCCAUAUAUGCUCGAUUGGGUCUCGAGCUUACGGCCGCUCCUCAGGAAUCACAGGAGAUCUCGGAGGAAUCACAGCCUCUCGAGAACGGUGUCAAUAGCAUUGAUCCAGCGGUCGUGAAGCGGCUUCAGCGAGCAGAAAAGGAACGCAAGAAGCAAUCGGAAGUUGCAUGUACAGAAUUUCUGACGAUGCUACCCAAGUUUCCGAAGACGUUGAAGGCCAUUCAUGCUGAUGACCCCGACUUGCUCGAGUUCUUCCUUGACGAGAUGCGAGACCAGGCAAACAGUGGCAGGAACGACGAUAUGUCGGAAAACCUUAAGCCGGGUUCCCACGGGCUUUUACACCACUGCCGAACUAACGGCUUAUAA